UGCGUGGCGCAGCGCUGGGGCGGCAAGCGCGAGGUCAUGUACACCGCCUUCAAGGCGCUGGGCGACUCCGUGGACUACGUGCAGGUCUGCGACUCAGACACGAGGCUGGACCCUAUGGCCCUGCUGGAGUUGGUGCGGGUGCUGGACGAUGACCCCCGGGUGGGGGCUGUUGGGGGGGACGUGCGGAUCCUCAACCCUCUGGACUCCUGGGUCAGCUUCUUAAGCAGCCUGCGGUACUGGGUGGCCUUCAACGUGGAGCGUGCCUGUCAGAGCUACUUCCACUGUGUGUCCUGCAUCAGUGGUCCCCUAGGCCUAUACAGGAACCACCUCCUGCAGCAGUUUCUUGAGGCCUGGUACAACCAGAAGUUCCUGGGCACCCACUGCACUUUUGGGGAUGACCGGCACCUCACCAACCGCAUGCUCAGCAUGGGCUACGCCACCAAGUACACCUCCCGCUCCCGCUGCUACUCGGAGACGCCCGCCUCCUUCCUGCGCUGGCUCAGCCAGCAGACGCGCUGGUCCAAGUCCUACUUCCGCGAGUGGCUGUACAACGCGCUGUGGUGGCACCGGCACCACGCAUGGAUGACCUACGAGGCGGUGGUCUCGGGCCUCUUCCCCUUCUUCGUGGCGCCUCACCUUCUCACUGCGAAAACAGAAGUGACGAGAAAGCCCUCCAAGUCCUCACCCCCAUGA